GCAGGUGUCAAGUCCUGCUUGAAAAGGAAAUCAGUAUCCGGUAGUCCGGGUAUUCUUUUUGAGCCCUUGGGCGGAGUUAAUUUGUUAAAAGAUUGAAUUACACUCUCCCGUUUCCAAAUCCAUCUGGCGUGUCAGGUUAGUCCUACACCUCAACAGCACUACCUGGAGGCGCGUUGCAUUUUAUGCUGCCAUGUUCCACCUGCUACAGGCGCAUCUGAGGAAACCGAGGCCUAUGGGCUCACUUCCACCCUAUUGUUGGUUUGACUGCCCUUCAGUUUCGCCUCUACCUUACAAUGGGUUCCUCCAGCCUUCAGGUACACCUUCAUCCUGCAACAGUUUUCAGGGACAAGCUGCUGCUGUUGUAUAUCCUGCUCGUCUACAAGGAGAAGAUCUUUGGGUCCUCCAUCCCUGUGAGAAGUUGAGACAGGCAUCCUUGUGCUGGGGACUCCAGCUGAAGGUUGCCAUGGUGGAGGUGCAGCUGGAGAGUGAAGACGAGUAUCCUCCUGGCCUGCUGAUAGCCUUCAGCGCCUGCACCACAGUCCUGGUCGCCGUUCAUCUCUUCGCCCUCAUGAUCAGCACCUGCAUCCUCCCUAACCUCGAGGCCGUCAGCAACGUCCACAACCUGAACUCCGUCAACGAGUCUCCCCAUGAGCGAAUGCACCGUCACAUAGAGCUGGCCUGGGCCUUCUCCACAGUCAUCGGCACCCUCCUCUUCCUCACUGAGGUGAUGCUCCUGUGCUGGGUAAAGUUUUUACCCCUCAAGAGCAAAACAGAAGGAAAAAACGGCACCAUAAGCUCCGGACAGGCCGCCGCCAUCGCCUCCACCUGCAUCAUGGUGCCGUUUGGGAUUGUCUUCAUUGUGUUUGCCGUGCACUUUUACCGCACGCUGGUCAGUCACAAAACGGACAGGCAGAUCAAAGAGCUGGAGCAGGUCAUCCGGCUGCAGAACCAGCUGGACCACCGGGCCGAAAAUGAUGACCUGAAGGCUGCUGUCCAUUUCCCCUAAUCAGAGGGAGUAAGAAUACAUCUUCAGCAGACAUUCAGCAGGGCUUUGGUUGUAAAAUCUCUUUUAAAGCUUUAUUUUUUAUGUCUAUGGACUGUGCUUUGGUGCUGUUUAUGAGCUUGCAAGCUUUUUCUGUGGAGUGUUACAGUAUUCAACUAGUUUUUGAUAAUACAUGUAAGCCAAACCAUUAGAUUUGAGUAAAAACCGUUUAGUUUCUUUAAGUAUCUGUAUCUAAGGCACUUAUAAAUAUAGUAGCCUCAAUAUUGGCAUAUUGCAUAAUUUCCAGAAGGGAAAAUCUGGGUCAGUUCGUGAACCCGAAAAAGAGCCAAAUCAGAUUAAAACAAUGACAAUCAAUUUUAGAGCCUUUCUACUGUGUGGUACUGACUUAUCUCAACUCGCUUUAUUUUUUAUUUUCUAUCAGGGAUUAUUUGUUACAGGAUACCUGUUAUUUUUUUGGUCUCACCUCUGGGUUCCAGGUGAGCUGAGCCAAUUCUAAAACAUAGGGAUGCAUGAUAUUCAAUUAUUAUUCAUGCUGAUAUUUACAAAUUCCUUUUAACUGAUAUGGAUAUAUAGAUAUAAUUUAGAUCUAAAAAUGUAGAUCUUAAAGCACACGUUAAGGAGUAAGGACAAACAAAGACUUCAACCAACCUAGAUCUGUUGAUCCUGCCUAAAACUCCACAAACGUAUUUGUCCCUAUGUUAAUAUUGCUGAUAUAAGCUAGUUUUUGCAGCCAAUAUAUCGGUUGUAAACAUUAGCAAAAAUGUUCAUAUCUGCUGAGGCAGAAUAUUAAGUUCAUAAGCUAAAUUCUGCUGAUAUCAUGUUGAUUAUAUCGUGCAUCCCUACUAAAAUGUGACAUCAAGAUGCUGCUGACCUCUGAGUAGUCAGAGUCAGUAAGGCUGCCCUCACACUACACUUUUAUGACACAUUUGAGACCAGAUUUGCCUCCCUGACAAUCAUGGGGGUGUAUACCAAGAAGAUUCUCUUCGAAAACGAUUAUUUGUAUUAAUAAUCCUCAAGUGUGUGGUCAUUAUUUUACUAGUCCAAAUCAUGUUGUAGCCUCCCAGACCUUGAAUCCUUUAUGCAUACAUGAAUUUACUAUUUGUCCACUUAGGGCUUCAGUGCAAAGAAUUUCUACCACAUAUUUUUUCUGGCAUACAUUUAUGACCCAAUGGAAAGAGCCUCGUGACCCACUUUUGGGUCCCGACCCACCAGUUGGGAAUCAUUGGUGUAGUGUGUACACUCUAGGGCUGCAGUAAUCCAUCCAUUUGUAAUUGAGUACUCUAUUGAUUCUUCUGGCGAUUAAUCGAGUAAUCAAUAAGAGAUGUUGCCUUUUUUUAUUAAUUAUUGUUUUUUUUUGUUUUUUUUACCAAUCACUUUUGCUUUUUCAAGAGAAGUAGUACUAGACAAAUGAGAAAAGACGCUUGGCCCCUUAAAUGAAGUACUCCUAUAUUAACAAUUGGUAUUAAGAGGUUCUCUAAAGAAAAUAUAUUUUACAAAGUGCAAUGAAGUUGUGAUGGCAAUUUACAUUUCUUAAAGUUACAAGAGAAGGAAGUUAAAUAAUUACAUUAGAUUAUGCCAUAUUUGGGGUUUUAGGGAUCCUCUUCCAGGAAAUUUUUGCAUCAACUUCUCUACCCUUGUGAUUUUCACACCUCAAAUCAGGCAUGUUACGUUAUAGGAACAGCAAAAACAAGUGCAUUGUGCCACAUAGAUAGCCGUCCGUGCGAAACACAGAACACCUGGCAACACAUGGCGCAAUGUCCAGGCUUACAGCAUGGGCGUAUAUGGAUACAGGACUGAUUUAAGCCAAAAUUGAAUUGAAUGAAUGAAUUGAAUCACCCGAAUAAUUUGAGGAAUUGUUCCAGCCCUAGUACACUCAGAGGAUUUCAGAUGAAAAAUUUUUGUAAUUGUUCUCUUGUCUGUGGUCUCCCAUUUUGUAAAUCUUAAGAUUUGAAAAUUGCUUAGUGUGUGGCCAGCCUGAGAGUGUCACCAACGGGAUGACAGACAUGGGAAUCAAACCCCUCCCGUCAUUUGCUCCAUACAGCUCAGUGACUUCCAUAACUGUCUUGUACUUUUCAGUAGUAUUUUGUAUCCCUGCUUGCAACCAUCUCUUUAAAAACAAUGUGUGUCCCUGCUGUGAGCUGCUGACUGAGUCCAGUCACACUAUCGCCUCAGUGUCCUCCGUUGUGUUUGUGUUAGGUGUCACAGCAGUUUCACUCAACCAUGCUAUAAAGAGCCUGCCUAUGUUGAGGAUGUACCAUCAAAUCAUAUACUGUAAUGGAAAACUAAGUGCCAGGCACUAAAACAGAAGAGUCAAGCCAGUACCACAUAUGGAAAUGCGCCAUUAGAGGCCUUCGUUUUUAUCAACAAGGCCGGAAAUUCAUUAUUAGUUUAGAUACAAUCUCUGAGAUGCCUGUUUGUGAUUUAGUUCAACAAAUUGUGGUGCAGCUCUUUGGGCUCCUCAUGUACAGUUUGCACUUUUUAAAGCUUUCAAAGUUUCUUAUUUUGAGGUUUACAAAGGAACUUACCUCUGCUGCAGCAUCCAGGUGUGUCCUUUAUACUUUUACAGCGGUGUAUUCACUUGGUUUUUCCUGUUGUCGUGCUUGCUCAGCUUUAAAUAGAGCAUAACCAAGCCUUCAUUCACAACACUGAAGUAACCACUGUAUGCAUACUUUGAAACCAAAGUUGCUGAACAAAUUCGUCCUUAAUUUUUGCACUGAUAGGUUCAUAAAAUCUUUGUUUUUUACUUUGCUGCAGUUACCAAUUGGCUUUAAGUUGCAUCAAAUGUUUCCUUUGAUAUCCCAAACAUUCACUCUUCUGAACCAUCUAUGUUGUUCUCAUUAUUUAAAAGCUUUAAAAAACUUUAUUGACAGGAAAGACCUGAGCAAAAUUCAUUUAAAAAAAAAAAAGCAGAACAACAGUAUUUUUGUGCAAUUUAAAGCAAAAGAACAAUUUUUUAUGCCAGUCACAGAAUGUUUUCUUAACCAAAGAGUGUGAUUAUAGAACACAUAUUUUUACUGCAGCAGAUAAUAACAUACUUUUAGACUGAUGUAAGAGCCCGUGUUUGAGACUCAUUUUUCUUUAAGAGGAGCCACCCUCUUAUGAAAUCUGGGGUAAAAAAAGACAACUUCCCUCCAUUUCUCAUUGUUAUUGCAAAUCAUCUGUUCAGUUAUGCAAAAAACGGCUGCUGUCUUAGGAGUACUGUUAUCAUGCAUGUCUUGGAAAUGUUGUUUUUAUGUUUUGUACUUUUUGUAGUUUAUAAGUUGGAGCAUGUUGACGUGUUUAAGUUACACAUAUGUUAAAUUGUGAAAUGUGUGGUUUGUUUUUAUGUCCUGUGGCACAUUACAAAGCUGUUUUACAUUUAUUUGACCAUUUGCUUUAAGAUAAUCUUUACUGUAACAGAUUUACUCCAUUCAAGCUCAAAUAAGGACAUUUUUUUUAGGAGGAUGACUAUUGAUGAUUCACUCCCCCUUGUGCUGACCUCAUCCCAGAACAUUUUUCUAACAAACUGUACGCCUAUUUUUAUUUUUUAUAACACAAGAGAAUAUAUAAAAAUAUACAAUAUAUGUAUGUAUGAAACAAUACAUAAAUUAAGCUACUUCAGCCAGUGUAAUUCAGCCAUUUUAAAGGUCUUUAUUUGAAGAUAAUGCUGGGGUCAUCAUUGCAAUAUUUGUUUUUAUUUCCUCCUCCUCAUACUUCAUCCUUUGAGUCAUUGUAAUGUUACAGCUGCUGCUGAACACACACUUUAGAAAUUUGCAUUUAAAAAUUUACCUGUACAGAUGAUUACAUCUCUGUUACACAAAGAACAAUGAGCCGUCAUUUUUACAGCCCCUUUAGAAAAAUUAAGUGGUGCUUUAGAGUGCUGCUUUUGCCCCCCCCCCCUUUUUUUUUAAACAAAAAUAAUUUUUUCCACAGUAUCUGCACACAGCUCUGUUAGGAUAUGCCACUUGUACCUUUUUUUAAAACAGAGAAAUGCAAAUGUUUUAUGUUUUUUGUGCUUUAUUUAUUUAAUCCAGUGUAUGUGACUGUGUAUAGAGAGGGCUCAUUAUUUUUGUUCAUACACAUCUUAAAACUGAAUGUUUAGUACGUGUUGUGCUGUAAGUUUUGCUUGUGUGUGUCAGAAGCAGCUCAGAGCUGCUGGUUUGUCACCAGGAAGCUUCAUGUUGCUGGUCUGAAAAUAAAACAUACUGUAUAGAUAA